AUGGGACCUUUGUUCUACCUCUGCAUGGUGCUCAUGCUGCCAUGCCUCCUUCCACAGCAAGAAGCACAUGCUGUGCGCCAUGGAGGGAUCUCUCUGAGGUCUCAACACAUGGCCCUCCUCCACUGGAAAGCAACACUUGCAAGCCCACUGCUGCAGAUGAGUUCUUGGCAGCAAAACACCAGCCCCUGUAACUGGACGGGCAUCAUGUGCACGGCUGUUCGACAUGGCCGCCGCAUGCCCUGGGUGGUGACCAAUAUCUCCCUGCCAAAUGCUGGCAUCCAUGGCCAGCUUGGUGAGCUCAACUUCUCAUCUCUUCCAUUCCUCACAUAUAUUGACCUUCACAACAACAGUCUCCAUGGUGCACUACCCGCUAGUAUCAGCUCCCUGUCUACACUUUUGAAACUUACCCUUCAGCAGAACCAAUUCACAGGGAAAAUUCCUCAUGAGAUUGGUGACCUGCAAAGUCUCAAGUUGCUUGCUCUCUCAUUCAACAGACUCACGGGACAUAUCCCUGCGUCUCUGGGUAAUCUAACAAUGUUAACUGAACUUGUCUUUCACCAAAACAUGAUAUCAGGUCCCAUUCCUAAGGAGAUUGGAAGGCUUGUCAACCUACAACUUUUGCAGCUAAGCAGCAACAACAUAAGCGGCAUGAUACCAAAAAGCAUUGGAAAUAUGACCCAACUGAAGGUUUUGGACAUGUAUGGUCCAAUUCCAAUCUCCAUAAGCAAUCUCACUAAGAUGAACCGACUUUUUCUCCAUGAAAAUCAAAUCACAGGUCUAAUACCACCAGAACUAGGCAACCUCACCAUGCUAAGCCAACUUGCUCUCUGCACAAAUCAAAUAACUGGUUCAAUACCCCCAGAACUAGGGAACCUCACUAUGCUCAAUCUACUUGUUCUCUAUAGAAAUCAAAUUACAGGCCCAAUACCUUUAGAAUUGGGCUACUUGCUAAAUCUCCAGGAUUUAGAAUUGGAUGAGAACCAAAUAUCUGGCUCUAUUCCCGGCAAAAUUGGCAAUCUGAUAAACCUAAAAUAUUUAUCCUUGCCUCAGAACCAAAUUAUAGGUUCAAUACCAAAAACUUUUGGGAAGUUGCAAAGCAUCCAAUCAAUAAAACUCUUUGAUAACAAAUUAUCAGGUUCUCUUCCUAAAGAGCUAGGAGGUCUCAUCAACCUUGUUGAAUUUGAGGUGUCUAACAACUCACUUUCAGGACCUUUACCCGCAAAUAUAUGUUCAGGUGGGAGACUUCAACAUCUCACUGUUCAUUAUAAUAUGUUCAGUGGACCCAUUCCAAGGAGUUUAAAGACAUGCACGAGUUUGGUUAAAAUUAUCCUUCAGAAAACCCAACUAACAGGAGAUAUAUCUCAGGAUUUCGAAAAGCUAAGCAAUCUAGGAUACCUUGAUAUAUCUGGGAACAGACUGAGUGGAUCAAUACCUAAGGAACUAGGGGCCUACACGAAACUACAGUCCUUGAAGAUCAACAACAACAACUUCAGUGGGAAUUUUCCUGGUGCGAUUGGAAAUUUAGCAAGCCUGCAGAUCAUGUUAGAUGUAAGCAACAAUAACCUUAGUGGAGUGUUGCCACAUCAACUUGGGAAGUUGCAGAUGCUAGAACUUCUGAAUUUAUCACAUAAUCAGUUCAGUGGCAGCAUUCCCUCCUCCUUUGUAAGCAUGGUGAGCCUUUCAACACUUCACGUGUCCUACAACAAAUUGGAAGGACCGGUCCCAACAGCACGGCUACUCCACAAUGCUUCGGCAAGUUGGUUUCUUCCCAAUAGAGGUCUGUGUGGUAAUCUCUCUGGUCUUCCACCUUGUUAUUCAACUCUAGCAUCUGGUCAACAUAAACGGCAUCUGCUUUUGCCAGUUGUGCUUGUGUUGGGUUUCAUCAUUGUUGCUACAAUUGUUGUCAUAAUAAUGCUUAGAUUUAACAAGAGAAAACCACAAGAAAGUGCUACUUCUGAAGGAAGGGACCUAUUCUCUGUUUGGAAUUUUGAUGGAAGAUUAGCAUUUGACGAUAUUGUAAGGGCAACAGAAGACUUCGAUGAUAAGUACAUCAUUGGAACAGGAGGAUACGGCAAAGUCUACAAGGCACAACUUCAAGACGGGCAGCUGGGAAGCCUCCACAAGACAUUGGAAAAUGAGGAGCUAGCAAAGGAAUUUAAUUGGGAGAAAAGAAUUGUUCUUGCAAAUGAUGUGGCUCAAGCAAUAUCCUAUUUGCACCACGAAUGUAGUCCACCUAUAAUCCAUCGAGAUAUCACAAGCAACAACAUUUUACUUGAUACAUCCUUCAAGGGUUAUAUCUCAGAUUUUGGCACGGCAAGGAUUCUUAAGUCCGAUUCAUCAAACUGGAGUGCACUAGCAGGAACGUGUGGCUACAUAGCUCCUGAGCUAUCAUACACAUCUGUUGUGACGGAAAAAUGUGAUGUUUAUAGCUUUGGUGUGGUUGCGCUAGAGCUAGUGAUGGGGAAGCAUCCAAGGGAUCUAUUAGACAGUAGUUUGUUAAAUGGAGAACAAGCUAUACUAGUAAAAGAUAUUCUGGACCAACGCCUAACUACACCAACAACAGAAGAGAAUAGUUUAGCUCUUCUAAUCAAGCUGGCCUUCUCUUGCUUGCAAUCUUCUCCACAAGCAAGGCCAACCAUGCGGGAGGCAUACCAAACACUCAUCCGGCGACCUGCUUCUGGUUCCUAUCAUGUGCCUUUCAGCACAAUUACAUUACAGCAAGUAAUGGAAUACUGAUGUAUGAUCCGAAUUCUAGUGAGAAGCCAGGGUAUA